AACAGUGGGGGAAUUUGUUUCAGAGACUGUUUUUAUUUUCUACUCCGGCGUCUGCAGUUAGUUUGUGCUUGUGCGUGCUUGUAGCCUAUUCUUCCAACGAAGGCUUUUGUUAUAUUUUGCAGACCCAGCAAUUGCGAAAAUGGAGCUGGGUUGCAAUCGUGGCAAGAUGGGCUUCAAUAAAACAACGGACUCGCAGGCAGCCUUGGAUGUAGAUUUGAAUGAGAAAAAUCCAGAAAUUGGUGAGAAUUACGAGCCGUACAAUCAUGAACCAGCCGGUAAAACUGCCUCGUACAUCGAGGCUCUGCUCAUUUUGAUAAAAGCCAGUGUUGGGACUGGCGUCUUGGGCAUGCCAAGAGCUUUUUACAACGCGGGAUAUAUUCUUGGAACCAUGGGCACCGUUUUUGCUGGAAUUUUAACCACCGUCACCGUUCAUUUGAUCUCAAACAGUGAACAUGAACUAUGUAGACGGAAACGAAUUCCACAAAUGACCUAUCCGGAAACCGUGGAAGCCGCAUUUGAAUAUGGCCCUGGAAAUUCUAGACGAUUUAAAAAUACUGCAAGGAUAAUAUGUUAUUCAGCUUUAGUGCUGCUAGAGUUUGGCGCAGACUGCGCUUAUGCGAUAUUCAUAGCUGAUAAUAUCAAAGAGAUAUGUGACCACAUCUUCUCUCCAGCUCCUGUGCGAUUUUACCUGUUGUGCUUACUCGGGCCUUUGAUCUUGAUGUGUUGGAUCAGAAAUUUGAAGUUCCUGGCGCCAGGGUCGACUUUAGGAACUGGCUGCGCAAUAGGGUGCGUGGGGGUUGUAUUUUAUUUCAUUUUCUCGCAGCCCAUCACGCUCGAGGGGAGAAAAGCGGCCGGAUCACUAAAGGACUUUGCGCUUUUCUUUGGGCAAGUUCUCUUCGCAUUUGGAGCUUUCGGAAUGGUCGUACCGUUAAAGAACAGAAUGAGGAGACCCGCCAGUUUCGGAUCCCCCUUCGGUGUUGUAAAUGUAGCGAUGGUCCCAAAUCUAGUCCUCUAUGUUAUCAUGGGCUUCUUCGGUUAUCUGGCAUACGGAAACCAAACUAAAAGCUCCGUCACAUUGAAUCUACCGCAGACUGGAUUCAUCGGAGAUUUGAUUCGGAUACUGAUGGCAGGAUCCAUUUUUACGACCUACCCACUGUGUAAUUACAUUGUUGUUGAGCAACUUUGGCACAAAAAUUUGGCAUUGAGAUUUGAGGACAACAAACGUGUGAUUUUCUGGGAGUAUGUGUUUCGUACGGCUUUAACUUGUGCAAAUAUCGCCUGUUGUAUUGCAAUACCAAAUUUAGAGUUAGUCAUGGCAUUCACGGGAUCACUGAUGGUUCCUACCCUUGGUAUAUGGUUUCCUAGUAUCAUAUACACCCUCACAUUCUGGAACAAAUACACAGGGAUUAAAUUCGCUUUCUUCCUCUCAAGAACUAUCAUCAUAAUGCUCGUGGGUGUAUUUGCGUCCGUAAUAUCUCUCAGCACAACCGUCCGAGAAAUUUAUGGAACUGCUUUCUAGUCUUCAGUCCACAUAGAUCUGUGAUUUUUAAUACCUAGCAUAGUUUGUAUCAAUAUUGUAAAAAUAUACUUCCGUUAGUUUUUUACACA